CCGGGCGGCGGACCGGGGGGGGCGACGCUGGGGUGAACCUGUACGUGGUUGAGGGUGUAGUGCGGGCGGGUGCACUUUUGCCUUUUCCAGUGGGAGUGACACGCGCGGUGGGGGGUUCCCCACGUGAGGAGGUCCUGCUGGAACGAGGUCAGUGUCGCCACCGCGUGUUGGUUGGCGACGGGUGCGGCGGUUGUCCGCAGGCGGGAUGCUGUAUGUCUGCUCGUGGCGCUGCACGCUGACGCUUUCCUCUUCUGUGGCUGCGGGAGCCCGGCCAGGCUGUUGUUAAGCUUUCCGACGAUGGCGUUGGCGCUGCCUUCCGUGGUGAGACCGCGCAGCCGCGAAAACGCAGGGGGGGGGGACGGGUUGCACGUCGUCAUCUGCCGGCGGGGAGAUGUCGUGGUCGGCGCGAGUCGCGACGCCAAGGUCUGAGAUGUUCCCGAGAUACUCGUUGAUGUCGGUGUUGGUGUCGGUGAUCAGGCGCGUCUUCACCGCUGCUUCUUGACCCGUGGUCUCCGCCGAAUGAAGGCUGAGGUAGUCCCGCGCGUUGGACACAAUGCGGCUGACUUCGGCUUUCAACUGUUGCCUGCAACCGGUCGAUGGUUCGCCGGCGGCGUGUGUGCCAUGGUCCAACACGGCGAAGAAUGCUUUCACGAAUGCCUCGAGGUAAACGAUGAAGUCGCGUGGCUGCGGGCUCCACCCCGUAGGCGAAUCGAUCAUUUCGGCGUCGGGAUAGGCCACUUUGCGCAGCAGCUGGGCAAUUGCGUUCUUUGACAGCGUGGUGCUAACGAACCAUCCGCCGCGCAGCAGAAGCAGCGUCGCCGCGGACUCGUCUCCUCAUGCCUUCGUAUCGCGGCGAAACCUUUCUUGCUGUACGUGAGUGUUGAGGGCCUGGUUCGACACGUUAAUGUUUUGGCCCAGAGCUUGCGCUUGCUGGGGCUGUAGCACGAGCUGGCCACCUAGAGGGAGAUUGAUGGGCUGGGGCUGACCUUGCUGCUGGAGGCCGCCAGGGGGGAGGUGGCCAGGCUGCUGUUGCUGUUGCUGGUGCUGGU